UGAUCAUAGUCCAGGUGGGUGUGCAGACACGCGCCUAUAAAGGGCGUGACCCACGCGCUCGUUCUGUCUCUCUCUCAACGAGGCCUUCUUCGCUUUCCCUCCGCUUCCUCGCCGCUGCUGCGGCCACCAACGCGACCAUGUCUUCACGCGCCACUUAUCGAAGUAGUCGAAACCGAUGGAGGCGAGGGUUUUCGAACCGGUCAGACGCCGGCGAGAGCGGCGAGUUAGUGACCGGAGACUCACAUUUCCGGUCGGUGAGAGACGCGAACCUAGGGUUGCGGCAAGGAGAGAGGAGGAACUUUAACGAGAGUGGGUUUCAGCCCCAAUCUUACAAUCCAAGACAACCUUUUCCUCGAAAUCAACCGUUCCGGAGGCCUCCACCGUUCAAUCCAAAUCAACCAUUUCGGCAGUCACCUGCGUUCAAUCCAAACCAACCGUUCCAGCAGCCUCCACCGUUCAACCCAAAUCAACGUUUCCGUCAACCUCCGCCAUUCAACCCAAAUCAACCUUUCAAUCAAAAUCACCGCUUCCAGCAACCUCAGCAGUUCCAGCCACGGCCAACUAGGCCCUUGGAUUAUCGGAACUGGGAGUAUUCUGAAGCAGGACCUUCUUCUCACUGUGAGCGGUUUACAGUUCUCUCAUAUAAUAUUCUGGCUGAUUAUCUUGCUGUCAACCAACGAAGCAGACUUUACUUUCACAUACCUCGCCAUAUGUUGGACUGGGAAUGGCGAAAGAGAAAUAUAAUUUUCGAGCUUGGACUGUGGUCUGCUGAUGUUAUGUGCUUUCAGGAGGUAGAUAGAUUUGGUGACUUGGAGGAGGAAUUGAAGCUCCGAGGAUACACUGGCAUUUGGAAGAUGCGAACUGGUGAUCCAGUGGAUGGCUGUGCUAUCUUUUGGCGAGCAUCAAGAUUUAAGUUGUUGCACGAGGAAUGCAUUGAAUUCAAUAAGCUCGGACUCCGAGAUAAUGUUGCUCAGAUUUGUGUCCUGGAGUCAAUUAAUCAGAAUUAUAGUGGGAGUACGUCAGCUCUACCUGCAAGCUCAACAGGUUCUAAUAAGGUUGUUAUCUGCAACAUUCAUGUGCUUUACAAUCCUAGAAGAGGAGAGAUCAAGCUUGGGCAGGUUAGGGCACUCCUCGAUAAGGCUCAUGCUGUUUCUAAGAUUUGGAAUGAUGCUCCUAUUGUUAUUUGUGGGGAUUUCAACUGUACUCCGAAGAGUCCUUUAUACAAUUUUAUAUCUGAACAGAAGUUAGAUUUGUCAGGACUGGAUAGGGAUAAGGUAUCAGGACAAGCUUCUGCUGAAAUUCAUGCACCAAGGCAAUUUAGCCCAAAUCCCAGGAUCCAGUUGACUGAUAAUUCAGCACAAGGUCUAACUAUGAAUGAUGUAAGGGAAGUUGGUGCUAAGGACUCUGAUUCCCUCUUAGAAAUUCAGAAGCAGACUUAUCCAGAUAGCAAUGUGGGAAAUGUAGCUUCUAUGGAUAACUUGUCUCAGGCUCAAUGUAUUAACACAGUGUUGCAUGUUGACAAAUCUUGCACUAAUGGCCAACAUGAGAAUGAUACAAGGGCACCAUCUGAUGAAAUGAUAAAAGAAACUCAGCAGGAGAAGGUAGGUGGCUUUGAGAAUGAAACUGAACCAACUGCCUAUGAUCCAGUUGAUGAUUCAAAGGAAAAUCAAAGUAUUUCCCUUAGUGAAGGUGAGGCUGUUGUUGACCAGGUGAAUGGUGGGAUUUGGGAAAGUACUCCUCCAGCUGCUUCUCUUCAUGAAGAGACUUACUCUUCUGAUAUGAUUGAGAGGAGACAGGGAGAAAGAAUUACUGUCAUCUCUAAUCCUGUCCAUCAGUUUUUUAGUGAACAUUCUCAACCAGGUGUUGAUGAUGAGAAGGAUACCCCCUCAACCCCAUAUGAAAUUAACAUCUCUGAUGCAUCUACCAGCUUUGAUAUUGUGCUGGAUAAACAGCUGGAGAAUUUAACACUUGAUGAGGCAGAUGAAGACACAGAGGAAAAUGGAAAUUUAGGUGAAGAUUGUAGCACAUUUUUAUCUGAAUUGAACAAGACAGAAGAGACAUUUCCAUCAGACUUUGGUCAAUCUGUGAGAAGUGACCAAAUUCUGGAUGAUUUUUCUCCAAGCAUAGAGCCUGAGCCUUUUGAAAUGGAGAUAUCUGCAUAUGAUCCUUCGGUAUGGACUCCGAUGGAAAUAGAAACUGCAACAGGUAAUGCGGACUGCACACAUCUGGAGCACCCUCUAAAGCUGAGAAGCACAUAUACAGAAGUGGAGGAUCGUUCUGGGACAAAAGACUCAAAUGGAGAACCCUUAGUUACCAGUUACAACAGGUGCUUUUUGGGCACAGUUGAUUAUAUUUGGCGAUCUGAAGGUCUCAAAACUAUCAGAGCGCUUGCUCCAAUACCAAAACAGGCUAUGCAAUGGACUCCAGGCUUCCCAACUAAGAAAUGGGGUAGCGAUCAUAUUGCCUUGGCAACAGAAUUGGCUUUCACGAAGGAUUGACCAGUUAUAAGACCUAAGUUCUUUCACAUCCAAGCUCUACAUUCCAAAAAGACUCAGAUCCCCCAUCAGCUAUCUCUGCAUCUAAUCUGCAAGUUUUGGAUUUUGGGGAAGUCCACAAGUUUUUUACACCUUUAGGUUUGUGUUAUUGUAUUCUUUUUCCUGCAUAUACCGUUACCAAACAUUGAAUUAACUUAUGAUCUGAGAUUUUUAUUCUGUACAUUAUCCAAUUCUUUUACAAGAGAUAACUUAAUCCGCUCCCGAUCAUACUAGGUUCUGGGUUCUCGUAUGAGAAAGAAAAGAAUUCAACCUUUUUCUUGAGUUUGUGUAACUGCAGAUUACAACAGAACUACAAUGCCGGUUGUGAGCCCUGACAUGUAUGAAAAUGAGCUUCAUCAACAAUUUAUGCUCCAAUAUCUGCAGCUUUCCUCAAAAGGCUAUGGACACAGUAGGGUGGGCUAAUGUGGCCCAAACCCAGGCCCAUGAUGACUGCGACAAUGCAAUUGGGCUCUCAUCUUUAUCCUACACCAAGUUGCCAACAUCACAAUUUUGACAUGUCUUUUUGGACCCCAGAAUCAAAGGAUCCAAGGCAGGAGUUGGCAGCUAAUAGCAAGCAGAGGAAUUUUGAAGCCCACGUGGACAGACCCACUUGUACAAAAAGGUGGACCCAUUAAACCCAAACCCCCACUCCAAAAUAAUAAUAAAUAAAUAAAUAAAGGGCAGAUGGAGAAACAGCUCAUCUCUCCCUUCACUUUCUCA